AAUAACCCCACAAAAAAUAAAAAUAUACAGUGUAUAUACGUACACAUGAAAUAUCUCUGAACGCAAAAUCAGAAAUGAAUUAAGUUUAAUUUGGCAAGAGAAAUUGGAGUUUUGACUUUUUCAUGUGUAUAUGUAUGUGUAUGCAUACUAGGUGUAUAUAGUAUGUGAUGCGGUGAGAUAGUUAUAAAGGAGGUGGGAUGUACUAGAGAAAGAAAGAGAGACGGUUUUGUGUUUUUGUGAAGGGGAGUGAUCGAAAGAGAGAGAGAGAGAGAGAUGGGGAGAGGGAGAGUUGAGCUGAAGAGGAUAGAGAACAAGAUCAACAGGCAGGUGACUUUUGCAAAACGGAGAAAUGGGCUUUUGAAGAAAGCGUAUGAGCUUUCGGUUCUAUGUGACGCUGAGGUUGCUCUGAUUAUCUUCUCCAAUAGAGGAAAGCUGUACGAGUUUUGCAGUAGCUCUAGCAUGCUCAAGACACUGGAAAGGUAUCAGAAGUGCAACUACGGAGCUCCAGAUACAAGUGUAUCCACAAGAGAGGCACUGGUGUAGAAAGCGACGGUGUCGUUGGAGCGGAGGCCCUUGUCCUUGACGAACCGGUUCCAGCCUCGGGUAAACACGAAGCUCUGGCUGCUCUUCCAGUAGCAGUAUCUGAACUUCCAGAGGCUCAUGGCCUCAUCGUACACCUCCAGCUGCACCUGCUGCUCCCCGGGCACGUCGGGGAAAUGCUUCACCGCGUACCUCUUGGGGAUGACGAGGCGGUUGAGCUUGCCCACG